GUUGCGUGUUCUUGUCUCCAAAAUUAAGCCGCCACUUUUUUCUCUUCUUCUUUCUCCUCAAAUCUCACAAUCUUUGUAUAUUUUUAUAUAAAACAUACAUAGCCAUAGAGAGACUCAUAUAAAUAGCUUAGUCUUCUUCUUUGUUAUCAUCUCUAUCGAUAUAGAUGGUAACAAAGGGAAUGCGUGUUGGUAAAUACGAGCUUGGGAGGACACUCGGAGAAGGCAACUCUGCAAAGGUCAAAUACGCAACGGACACUGUUUCUGGCCAAUCAUUCGCCGUCAAGAUCAUCGACAAGUCUCGUAUCACUCGUCUUAACGUCUCCUUUCAGAUCAAAAGAGAGAUACGAACACUCAAAGUUUUAAAGCAUCCAAACAUUGUGAGGUUACAUGAGGUCUUGGCUAGCAAAACCAAGAUUUACAUGGUUCUAGAAUUAGUCACCGGAGGAGACUUAUUUGAUAGAAUUAUUUCCAAAGGAAGGCUUCCGGAAAUAAAAGGAAGAAAAGUGUUUCAGCAGUUGAUUGAUGGAAUCAGCUAUUGUCAUAACAAGGGAGUUUUCCAUAGGGAUCUCAAGCUAGAGAAUGUUCUUCUUGAUGCAAAGGGACACAUUAAGAUCACUGAUUUUGGCCUUAGUGCUCUACCUCAACAUUUUAGGGAAGAUGGGUUGCUACAUACUACUUGUGGUAGUCCUAACUACGUCGCGCCUGAGGUUCUAGCUAACAAAGGGUAUGAUGGUGCAGCAUCAGAUAUAUGGUCGUGUGGAGUAAUCUUGUAUGUUAUUCUUACUGGUUGUCUCCCUUUUGAUGAUACAAACCUUGCAGCUCUUUGUCGGAAGAUAUUCAAAGGAGAUCCCCCAAUACCAAGAUGGAUAACACCGGGUGCUAAAACCAUGAUUAAGAGAAUGCUUGAUCCAAAUCCAGUCACGAGGGUGACACUCGCAGGUAUCAAGGCCAAUGAGUGGUUCAAACAAGACUAUAGUACUCCUUCAAACUACGAUGAUGACGAUGAGGCAUACUCAUCAAUCCAAGAAGAUGGAUCUGAAGAAGAGAAUAGUCCUGAUUCUCCAACCAUCAUCAACGCGUUUCAGUUGAUCGGAAUGUCUCCAUUUCUCGAUCUCUCAGGUUUCUUUGAGAAAGAGAAAGCAUCAGAAAGACAGACAAGAUUCACAUCAAAUAGCUUAGCCACAGAUUUGUUAAAGAAAAUAGAAACGAUCUUUAGGGAGAUGGGUUUUUGUUUACAGAAGAAACAAGCAAGGAUCAAAGCAAUCAAAGAAGAAAGCACUCGAAAAGGGCAAUGCGGUUUAUCAGUAACGGCUGAGGUUUUCGAGAUAAGCUCGUCUCUGAAUUUGGUUGAACUUAGAAAAUCAUAUGGUGAUUCAUCUCUAUAUAAACAGUUGUACGAGAGAUUAUUGAAUGAAGUGGGAUCAUCAUCACAUGUAGAGGAGCUUUUAACGUAGCAAAUAUCAUGCCUAUUCGAAAAUUUGAAUGGGGUGCUAUAUAUGUUCAAGAUCACUGGAUUUAUAUGUAAAUAUCAACUCGAUUUUUUUGUUGUAUGCAGCCAAAGCUCAAAAGACUCUUAUAUUAUACAUUCUUGAAAAUGUUUAUUUUCUUGGAAACUCAAAUUCGAUAAUUUAGGACCUUUAAUUU